UUAUCCAUUGAUAUCGUUGACACCAUUAUGCACCUCUCUGUCUCUAAUAAUCUAUUCAAUUUUAUUUUACUCAAAACACAAACAUACGCUCUCUCUCUAUUUACCACUCAUUUGAUCGCCGCCGGAAAACAUCUCCGACUAAUCAACCCGCCACAACUCCGAUCAUUCACCGCUCUAAUCCUCAGAUCCAUCUUCGUUUAAGUUGUGAUGCGAAAACCAUGCGAGAAGAACCAUUCACAGAUAAGAAACACUCUACGACGUCGUAGUAGCUUUCAUCUUCCACAAUCCCCUCCUCAUAAUAAUCACUCACUUCCUAAUUCGUUAUUUUAGGGUUAAGGUUCACACACACAAAAAUGUUCAAGAGAAUAAUGAAGGGAGGGCAAAAGAAACCCUCCAAAUCGGAUUCAACCGAUGGAUACGCUCCUCCGGCGAACAAUCCAACGGCGGUAGUUGUGCCUCCGCCUUCGGGAACAAUCGAACCGCUUCCAUUGUUCCGUGACGUUCCGGUUUCCGAGAGACAGAAUUUGUUUAUCCGGAAGCUUCAGAUUUGUUGCCAUUCGUUGGAUUUCACCGACACGAUGAAAUCGGUUCGGGAGAAGGAAAUCAAGAGGCAAACGUUGAUGGAAUUGGUUGAAUUCAUUCAAUCUGGUUCCGGUAAGAUAACUGAGAUUUGUCAAGAAGAGAUGAUUAAAAUGGUGUCGGUGAAUAUUUUCCGGUGUCUCCCACCGGCGUCGCACGAGAACACCGGGCAAGACACCGCAGAUCCGGAAGACGAGGAACCGUCUUUAGAGCCAGCAUGGCCUCAUUUGCAGCUUGUUUAUGAGCUUCUUCUUAGAUAUGUGGUUUCAUCUGAUACUGAUACUAAGGUAGCUAAACGUUACAUUGAUCAUUCCUUUGUGCUUAAAUUGCUUGAUUUGUUUGAUUCCGAGGACCCUAGAGAGCGUGAGUAUGUGAAAACUAUAUUGCAUCGCGUGUAUGGAAAAUUCAUGGUUCUUAGACCUUUUAUUAGGAAGGCUAUUAAUAACAUAUUUUACCGUUUUAUAUAUGAGACUGAGAGACAUAGUGGGAUUGGUGAGCUUCUUGAGAUUCUUGGGAGUGUCAUUAAUGGGUUUGCUUUGCCUAUGAAGGAGGAACAUAAGUUGUUUCUUGUGAGGGCUUUGUUGCCUUUGCAUAAACCUAAACCUGUUGCUGUGUACCAUCAACAAUUGUCUUACUGCAUCUCUCAGUUUGUUGAGAAGGAUUAUAAGUUGGCGGAUACUGUUAUUAGGGGUUUGUUGAAGUAUUGGCCCCUCACCAAUUGCCAGAAGGAAAUUUUAUUUCUUGGGGAGCUGGAGGAGGUGCUGGAGGCUAUGCAGGCUGCAGAAUUCCAACGCUGCAUGGUUCUUCUUUUUAGACAGAUUGCACGUUGUCUCAAUAGUCCGCAAUUUCAGGUCGCAGAACGGACCCUCUUUUUGUGGAAUAAUGAGCACAUUGUCAGUUUAAUUGCCCAAAACAGGACUGUUGUAUUACCGAUAAUAUUUGAAGCAUUGGAGAAAAAUGUACAGAGUCAUUGGAACCAGGCUGUUAAUGGGCUGACUGUGAAUGUUAGAAAAAUGUUUGUUGAAAUGGAUGCUGAAUUAUUUGAAGAGUGCCAGAGGCAGUAUUUGGAGAGAGAGGCUAAGGCCAAAGAGGUGGAAGAGCAGCGGGAAUUGAAUUGGAAGAGACUGUCAGAUGUUGCUGCACAAAAUGGGCCAGAUAUGAUUAUAGUUUAGCCAAAUUAAAAUAAUUUUAUUGCCGUAGCUGGGAUUGUUCAUUGGAUAGGUGGAGAAUUAUAUUCUGGUGCCAUUAUUUUUUGGUUUCUUCCCCCUACAUGUAAUUCAUAUUUGCUCUCCAUUUUCUCAAUUGGAUAAUCAGAAAGUUAAAGAAAGCAAUGAUUUAUUUAAGUUCAAAAUGUAUUUGGCAUUGUGAGCAAUGUCUGCAGAUUAAGAAUAUUCUGUGAAAUGCUUUUUUGUAUUUUUUCCUCGUACAGAAAGAUAUGGAAAUUUUAUUUUUCUUUCUGGAAA